CUCAGUCGCCCAAUCAAAACGACGCCUUUUAUUUGGGGACGAAAUUACACGGUUCAAGGGGCGCCCGACCUGAAGGUUUGACCGAAAACAUAUUCUUGUCUUCCAAAAUUGGUGUGUCUCAAGAUUAUUUUUCUGUCAACAAUAGGUUCUUGUUCAAAAUCGGCGAGUUCAUAGACAAAUUCCAUAGACAAUUCCUGAUUGCCAAAUCACUUCCAAAUACUGUAAAUGAGAUGAUGAAAGAAGCACAGCGCAACGUUUUUCGUUUGAUUGGACUCACCUCAACCGCUCAUGUGAGAAGAGGCUUCAUCGAGAUUUUGAAAGAACCCUUAUUAAAACACAUCAAUAACGGAAUAAUCGAUGCUCUGAUUAGGUGUUUAGGGAAAUGCCUGCAGAUGAGGAAACACGCGUGUCAUGAUGAGAAAACCCGUUUGAUGAUGAAAGCUCCACCUCCAUCCACAACGGAUUUCCAACCCAAUGAUCGAUCAUUUCUUUUCGCUUCAACGAGGACGAGUGCGAGCAUCCUGAAGGGACGACUCGCUCGCCCUUGA